AUGAAGAGUUCAGAAGUCUCGUGUCCCCAAUGUAAGAGUAACUCUUACAUAAAUCCAGGUUUAAAGAUCUUUGUUAGUCCCUGCUAUCAUAGUCUUUGUGAAAUGUGUGUUUCUCGGCUCUUUGCUAGUGGCCCAAACAAGUGUCCAGAGUGUGGAGUGACUUUAAGAAGAUCAAACUAUACCAGCCAGACCUUUGAAGAUGUCAGCGUUGAAAGAGAGUGUCGUGUUAGAAAGAUUGUUAGUUCACAUUUAGGCCGAACAUUAGAUGACUUCUCAGAUGAAGAGGAUUACAAUGAACAUUUAGAGAAGAUAGAAGACAUUGUUGAAGAACUUAUGGUUCUAAAUGGACCACGCGAGAUUACUAAUCGCCUGCAAGAAAUCAAAGAACAGCUGGGUAUUGCUUCCUUUAAACCAGCCACCGAGUCAGUCAAAAGACGGAAGACGGAAGAGACAACUCCAGAGAUACACGAGCAGUACACUCCACCUAAACAGCCCCAAUACUUGUUCCCGCCGACUGCAGUUGAUCUAGAUACUAUUCCGGACAAUGCAUUUACACUUAAAACCCUCGCUUAUAAGAGUCAUUACAAGGAUCUUAUCAAUAUUAUGAUUAGAAAAGCAGCCGCCUCUCUCUUAUCUUCCGAAUUAUAG